GAGGUCCAGCGGAUGGCCGAGGCCCACCUCCAGGAGGAAGCUGCCUUGAAGUCCGAGGCGGCGCGCCUCAGGCAGGAGGCGGCAGAGCAAGGGCCCAGAGAGCAGGCCCUGAGGUCCGAGGCGGAGCACCUCCGGCGGGAGGCGGCGGAGCAGCGGGCCAGGGCGGACGCCGCCGCCAGGAGGGCCGAGGAGCUCGAGGAGCUGCUGCAGAGGCCUCCGGCGGAGCGCGCCUCGGCGAGCGCCGCCGAGGCCGAGCCGCCCCGCGGCGCCGCCGUGGGGCGGACCGCGUCGCCAGGGGCGAAGGCCCGCCUGCGGGAGCAGCUGGAGCAGCAGGCCGGGCCUGGCGAGGAGGGGGCGGAGGAGCCGGCCGCGGAGCCCGGGCGCCCAUGGGCCGAGGCUGCGGCAGCGAGGGCCCGUUGCAGGGAGCUGCUGGCGGAGGGGCUGGCGGCGGGGCCGGAGGCGCUGUGCGCCGCACUGGCGCCCGCCCCGAGCGUCGCGGCCGCCUCGGCGAGCCUCGUGGAGCUCGACUCGGUGGACGGCGCCUCGGCUAACCGCGCCGCCGCGGACGAUGCCGAGCUGCGGGCGGCGCGGGCGGAGGUCGAGGCGGUGACGCAGCGGCACGAGAUGUGCAAGGCCGUGGCGGAGGGGCUCAAGCAGGAGGCCGAGAGGCAGAGAGCCAGGGCGGACGAAGCCACCAGGAGGUUCGAGGAGCUGAGCGAGCUGCAGCAGAGGGCGGCGCAGGAGGGGCGCAUCAUGAGCGCUUCGGCGCCUCACGGCGUGGCGGACACGGAGAGGUUCCGCGCGACCUUCCGGCGGCUGCUGGAGCAGAGGCUGCAGUCGGGCAACCUGCGCGCGACCCUCGCCGCAGACGAGGCGGCGUCCGCCGCCGAACGGACGGGGCACCCGACAUCGGAGGCACGCGCCAGCCCAGCCGUUGCCGCGGCGACGGCGGCCUGCACGGGCGGCGCGGGCGUGGCGCCCGCGGCCCCGCCCGAGCCCACGCAGCCAGCUGCCGAGGCGGAGUCCUGUGCCGGAUUGGCCGGCGCGGCGCCGGCGGCCGGCGCGGGCAGCGUAGGCGCAACGCUUGCGGCACCGCCUGGGCCAGCGCAGCCAGUUGCCGAGGCCUGCUCCCCCGACGCGGAUUCCUGUGGUGGCUCGGCUGGCGCGACGCUGGCGGCCAGGGGCGCAGCGCCCGCGGCCCAGCCCGAGCCCGCGCAGCCGCCUGCCGAGGCGUGCUCAAGCAGGCGCUCGGAGGAGGAGGCCAGCACGGGCGUAGCGCCCGUAGCACCGCCCCUAGCGCAGCCAGCUGCCGCUGCUGGCUCCCGUGCAGAGGCGGAGGCUGGUGCUGGCCUGGCUGGCGCGGCGUUUGCGGCUGACGCGGGUUGCGCGGGCGCAGCGCCUGCAGCCCCGCCCGACCUCGCGCAGCCGCCUGCCGACGCUUGUUCCAUGCGCUCGGAAGCGGAGGCCAGUGCCAGCCUGGCUGGCGCGGUGCGUGCGGCUAGCGCGGGCAGCGCGGGCGUAGCGCUGACGCAGCCGGUUGCCGAGGCGGAGUCCUGUGCUGGCCUGGUCGGCGCGGCGCCGACGGCCGGCGCGGGCAGCGUAGGCGCAACGCUUGCGGCACCGCCUGGGCCAGCGCAGCCAGUUGCCGAGGCCUGCUCCCCCGACGCGGAUUCCUGUGGUGGCUCGGUUGGCGCGACGUUGGCGGCCAGGGGCGCAGCGCCCGCGGCCCAGCCCGAGCCCGCGCAGCCGCCUGCCGAGGCGUGCUCAAGCAGGCGCUCGGAGGAGGAGGCCAGUUCGGGCGUAGCGCUCGUAGCACCGCCCCUAGCGCAGCCAGCUGCCGCUGCCGGCUCCCGUGCAGAGGCGGAGGCCGGUGCCGGCCUGGCCAGCGCGGCGUCGGCGGCUGACGCGGGCAGCACGGGCGCAGCGCCUGCAGCCCCGCCCGACCUCGCGCAGCCGCCUGCCGACGCUUGUUCCAUACGCUCGGAAGCGGAGGCUAGUGCCAGCCUGGCUGGCGCGGUGCGUGCGGCUAGCGCGGGCAGCGCGGGCGUAGCGCUGACGCAGCCGGUUGCCGAGGCGGAGUCCUGUGCUGGCCUGGUCGGCGCGGCGCCGACGGCCGGCGCGAGCAGCGUAGGCGCAACGCUUGCGGCACCGCCUGGGCCAGCGCAGCCAGUUGCCGAGGCCUGCUCCCCCGACGCGGAUUCCUGUGGUGGCUCGGCUGGCGCGACGUUGGCGGCCAGGGGCGCAGCGCCCGCGGCCCAGCCCGAGCCCGCGCAGCCGCCUGCCGAGGCCUGCUGCUCGGCCAGGCGCUCGGAAGCGGAGGCCAGCACGGGCGUAGCGCCCACAACACCGCCCGACCUGGCGCAGCCGCCUGCCGACGUUUGCUCCAGGCGCUCGGAAGCGGAGGCUAGUGCCAGCGUGGCCGGCGCGGCGCUUGCGGCUGGCGCGGGCAGCGCGGGCGUAGUGCCUGCGGCACCACCCGAGCCUGCACAGCCUCAGCCAGCUGCCGCUGCCAGCUGCCCUGACGUGAAGUACCGUGCUGGCUCGGACGGCGCGGCGCUGGUGGCUGGCUGCGCAGCGCCCGCGGCUCCGCCCGAGCCCGCGCAGCCAGCUGACACUGCCCGCUCCCCUGCUGACAGGCCUUCGGAGACGGAGGCCAGUGCUGGCUUGGCGGGCGCGGCUCCUGCGGCCGACGCGGGCAGCGCGGGCGCAGCGCCCGCGGCACCGCCCCGCAAGCGGCUGGAGGUCGAGGCCCGCGUCCUGGCGCUGCUGGAGCAGAAGCUGGUGGCCGGCGAGCUACAGGAAGCCUUCGACGCGAUGGCCGCCGCGGACGCCCCGGCCGCCACGGGCCCGGGCAUCUGGGGCGCCCGCGCGCUCUCGCGCAGGGUGGGCCCGCGGGACGAGGUCGCUGGGCCUCCACAUGGCGAGCCCUCCCGCGCGGCGGCCCCGCGGUGCGAGCCCGGAGCGGCGCCCGAUCGGGACGCGGCCGCGGACUUGCCGCAGCCCGCGGCCGGCGACGUAGCGGCGCCGCGUGCGCCAGCGGAAGCCUCGCCCGCGGCCUGCGCGGCCAGCUCCAGAGCGGCGCCAGCCACGCCGCAGCGGCGCAGCGCGGGCGCCUCG